AUGUUCGACCCUCAAUUCGAUAACAAGAUUCGGCAAUGGCACUCGGUUUGCGACAAACGCAUCAGCUCUUCCAUGACCACACCUCAUGUAUCAACAAUCACUGCGACGUACGAUUUUGGAGCCUGCAAUCGGUUGCAAUUAAGCUGUAUCAGCGCCGAUUAUGAGACGAACAAGUGCUCUAACGAAUACAUGCCCACAGCCAGCCUGUCUUACAUCUCAUGCAUAUGUCAACCGCCGGUGUACUCGCUCUUCUCUGAAUGUCAGUACAACGGGAACAUAUCGUGCAAGCGGACGACUGCUGCUGAAUCAAAUAUAAUGGGGUACUCUGUUUGCUCGUACUUUUGGUCCGGCUCGCAAACACUGUCCUCUAUCGAUCUCACUUCUUUCUUGGGCAUUACUGGCACCUCGACAAACACGGCGUCUGAUGCAGAAUUGUCACAAACCGUGAUGGAUAUAGCUCGAGUGAAUGGCGCUUCAUUUAUCACCAGAAUCAAACCAGCCCCUUCUAGUACAGCCAUGAUCGCAGUGCAAACGGCAAAUAACCAGGCCGGGGUGGGUGUUUUGCCCAACGAGGAUUUGAAAUGA